AUGAAACUGCAUCCUCUGCCAACGAUCCUUUUCUUCGUCGUGAUUCUAUCCAACAAUUACGGUUUCGGAUCUCCCGACGACCCAAUCGAACCCAGCUGCUACACUUCCCUCUUCAUCUUCGGCGACUCUGCCGCCGCCGCCGGAGUGGAUUUCGCUCCGGGAAACUUCGUUUCCAAUUGCCUAUUCCCUCCGUACGGCGAGACCUACUUCCACCAUCCCACCGGCCGUUGCAGCGACGGCAGAGUCGUCGCCGACUUCAUCGCCCAGCACCUCCUGGGCCUCCCUCUGCUUCCGCCAUACCCCGGAGAUUCGAUCAACAACAUCACCACUCUUUCUCGCGGAGCCAAUCUCGCCGUAGCUUCCGCCACCGCCCUCGACCACGAGUUCCUCGAAGCCAGGGGAAGCUCCACCUGCCAGAACUGCUCGCUGAGCGUUCAAUUGCAUCGAUUCAGGACCCUACUCAAUUCACUCUGUUCCGAUCCUUCGAAUUGCAGAGACAAACUCAGGCACUCCCUGUUUCUCGUUGGGGAAAUCGGCGGCGUCGAUUACCUGGGCUCCAACCGCGCCGGUCUGCCCUCCGACGAGAUCGAGGAUCUGAUUCCAUUCGUCGUGGACAGGAUCGGGUCCGCCAUCGAAGAGCUCAUCGAAUUGGGGGCGGUCAGCUUCCUGGUUCCGGGGGAUUACCCGACCGGCUGCUUCCCCUGGAUCCUCACCCGGUUUCGGAGCUCGAACCGGAGCGAUUACGACCCGGUCACCGGCUGCCUCGUCUACCACAACCGAUUCUCCGACCGCCACAACCGGAUGCUCCGAGAUGAAAUCGAGCGGGUCGGGAAGCUCCACCCGGGCGCGAGCAUUCACUACGCGGGUUAUUUCGAGUCGGCGAUUCGGAUCCACGAGAACCCGGAGAGAUUCGGGUUCGAGAGGGCGACGAUCAACAGGGCUUGCUGCGGAUCCGGAGGGCCGUACAAUUAUGAACCGUCGGCGGGUUGCGGGGAGGCCGGGGCGGUGGCUUGUGAGAGGCCGGGAUCUUAUGUCAAGUGGGACGAUCAUCACUACACGGAGGCGGCGAAUCGGGUCAUCGCCGGCGAUGUGAUUGCACGACACCGUUUGGAUGGGUUUGGUUCCCGCGCGAGAGCGAGAAGCGCGGGAGUUACCGUUGGCCGCAGAAUGAAACGGGAAACUUGCGCGGGAAUUUCCGAUGGAUGA